AUGCAAGCGUCUCCACUUACAGACAUCUCCGAAAUAGCUGAAAAAGCGCGAGGCCAAAACAGCAAUCCCCAUCUUCGCCCGGCCUGCCAAUGUCUCGUCUCCCCUCAGGCCUUCACACCUCUCCCUACCCCAUUUUGCCCCAUCGGUCGCUUCUGCCCCAGACACGGCCAAGCCUCGAGCCCUCGAUUCCUCCGCUCCUCCGCUCCUCCGUCAACCACCCGCCCGCCACCUGCCCCGACGGCUCCAGUCUCGUCUUCUCCGGCGCCCACCCGGAAAGCCCAACCACGAUCAAAAGAUGCACCGACAACCGAAGAGGCAGACGGACGGCUUGUCGGAUCGUCUUGUCGCGGGGGCAACUCGGCCGAUUGUCGUCGGGACGCCGUUGGACCCGAGGGAGUGUAG